AGUUUUCCUUUAUAGUUCAGAUGGAUUUGGGGGCAUCGGGGUUUGUUUUUCCUUUGAAAACUAACAGAAAGAUGGAAACUUCUGAUGACGACGUUGCUGAAGUAUCUUCUGACAAUCGAUACGUUCGGUAUAAUGAAAUCUUGGGAAGAGGAGCAUUUAAGAUUGUCUAUAAAGCGUUCGAUGAAAUGGAAGGAAUUGAGGUUGCUUGGAACCAAGUCAGUAUUGAUGAGGCAAUGCAGUCAUGUGCAAAUAUGGAGAGGUUAUAUUCUGAGGUUCACCUGUUGAGGACAUUGAAACAUGAGAACAUCAUAAAGUCACUUGACUCCUGGGUUGAUGAUCAGAACAAAACAAUUAAUAUUAUCACAGAGUUAUUCACUUCUGGAAGCUUGAGGCAAUAUCGAAGGAAACAUAAGGCUGCUGACAUAAAGGCCAUCAAGAAUUGGGCUAGGCAAAUUCUUAAAGGCUUAAAUUAUCUCCACAGUCACAACCCACCUAUCAUUCAUAGAGACCUCAAGUGUGAUAAUAUAUUCAUCAAUGGGAAUCAUGGUGAAGUUAAAAUAGGAGAUCUAGGAUUGGCUACAAUAAUGCAACAACCUACUGCAAAAAGUGUUAUUGGAACUCCUGAGUUCAUGGCACCUGAGCUUUAUGAUGAAGAGUACAAUGAACUUGUUGACAUUUAUUCAUUUGGUAUGUGCUUGUUAGAGCUCAUAACACUUGAAUAUCCCUACAGUGAGUGCAGAAAUCAAGCACAAAUCUAUAAAAAGGUUACUUCGGGUAUAAAACCUGCAGCUUUGGAUAAAAUUGUGGAUCCUGAAUUAAGGCAGUUCAUACAGAAGUGCUUGGUACCAGCAUCUGAACGUUUAAGCGCUUCACAGCUUUUGAAAGAUCCAUUUCUUUCAUGCGCCACUACUAGUUCAAAGGAACCCCUGCCCGACGUCAUGCAGAACUCAAAUGUAAUGUCGAAGUCUGACACUCUCUCAAUGGAAAUAGACCCCACCUCUAGAAAGUUAUCCAAUGUUGCUUAUGUAGAAAGCAUGACUGAAAUUCCCCAAACUUCCGAGUUUCUAAGAUACAAUGGGAAAAACGAGUUUCAGUUGAGAGGGGAGAAAAAUGAUGAAAGUUCCAUUUCCUUCAGUCUGCGCAUUACUGACAAUAAUGGUAAAGUGAGGAAUAUCCAUUUCAUGUUUUACCUUGAUCACGACACUACUGUCUCAAUUGUUGAGGAGAUGGUUGAACAACUUGAGUUGCCAAAUGAAGAUGUGGCCUUAAUAGCCGAUAUGAUUGAUUGCUUAGCUUCAAAAAUUGUACCAAGUUGGAAACCCUCAUCAGGAACUGGCCAAGAAUCUACUGAGCAGCAGCGUAUCUUUUCUCAUUCACCGUCAGAAGGAGGGAAUAAUAUUAACAAUAUUGAAGAGUUAUUCAAGGUGAAGUUAUCUUCUUUACAUGAUGAUGGAGUAUCAACCACACUUAGUGAGCAUAAAAAAUACUUAACAUCGAUCUCCUCAACUGGGUCAUGGGAUGCCAUAUCUAAUGAUAUGAAUGGUGUGUGUGUUUCCUCGCUCUCUGUAGCUGACAUGGAUGAUGGUAAAGAACAAUGUUAUGAUCUAAAGAUGGAGAUUGAUGCCAUUGACAUGCAUUAUCAUCAAUGCUGUCGAGAACUUAUGCGGAUGAGGGAGGAGGCAAUUGAAAGUGCUAAACGGAAAUGGAUCGCAAAAAAGAUUUGUGCCACUUGAUGUGAUGCCUUCAUUCGUACUAGAGUUUGUGUAGUUUGUGUUACUUCUGUUGGUUUUCUUUCUACGAAAAGGAGGAAAUAUUUUUGCUUCCUCCUGAUUAUACAAAUUGUUGUGUUUUAUUUUCGCCUACCGCCCCGUGCCUCCCAAAUUUGUUUAAAAAAAUAUAGAGUAUAUACUUGUUUUUGCCAUUAUUGACAAUUGGCAGUUAGUUUUUUCAAGAGAAUGAGAAUGUUCUCUCAAACUAUAUUUAAUUGUAUGUGUACAUAAAUAAACAUUUUCAAGUUUUCACUUCAAAUAAUUUGUAUUUUGUAUGGAAACCGUUUCUCACUUUAUUUAACUGGAUUUGAAUGUGCUUGUG